UAACCACUGUGCCACCGACGCACAAAGCGCUCCCGCGCCGGGAGUCGAACCUGGGCCGCCUGCGUGAAAGCCAGGAAUCCUAACCGCUAGACUUCGUCCCUUCAGUUGAUGUCGUCCUAUUCAUUCGUGGCCAACAAAAUAUUCACCAUUCCUUCAAACUGCGUAAUGCAGACGAUGGUUUCUUAAUUCCUGUAAAAUGCGAUAAUGCUAAAUUUGAAGCUCAAUAGUCGUCGAAGUGUGUUUAUUAUUAAUUCUGCAAAGCGAUUUAAUUCCUACAAUUAAGCUUCCGACCAAUGAGUGUGCAUAAUUAUUUGCCAUCACGAUAUUAUUUUGUGAUCAAACUUGAAAUCAAUCAAAUACCUACAAAAUGACAUUUGAGAAUCAAUCUAGUACUAGCUACUAGUGACUAACUAUGGGGUAGCAAUUUAGUAAGUCGUGAGCAGCUGGGUCCACCAAGUCAGGUGCGUGGGGUGAUACUUUAUGAUAGCAUAGGUUGGCGGUGGCGCUGCACAGUGAGCGUUGGUAGAAGUUAAGAUUCACUGGCCAUGGGAUUCUGUCCCAGUGGCUGUGGUCAACUAGAACACUUUCUAAACUAACGAUCCUAAAUUCAAACCUUCAUGGAAUUUGCCGUUGCGUAAUUCUGCAGAGCCCAAAAUUAGGACAGAUUAGCUGUCCAGUACUUCUCUGACUAAUGUCAGUCUGUAUUCAUAUAUGAAAUCAAGAUAUCUUGUUUUUAAGAUGGAAACAUUUUGCAAUAUUGGUCUUUAUUCACUUAUCAAAAGAUGAAUCGGUAAUUAAUUCACUUAUUGUGAAGGGUUCUCACGUGUUUUUAUAGUUUUUUCUUCAUGGGUUUGUGUGGUCCUCCCUUUUAGCUUAAGCGCAUUUGUCAUUUGGCCUUAUUUCGUCUGUUGUUUUCAGAACAGUUCAACUUUUCUUUUAUAAUGUACAGCUUGAAAAUGGUGUGAAGAGGUGAACAUGUCGAAGCUCUUCUUUUGAAUAUUAUAUGAAUUCGCUUCAUAACAAUGUUCUGGAUCAUCUUACAAAUUCGUGCUGUCUAGUUUUGUUUCCAAUAAUUGCAUUUCCAAACAAAAAUGUGGUUAAUUAUCAGAAAACUAUUAAAGUGUACUGGUUCAUUAAUGAAGUAAUAAAUUUAUGGAAUAAGAUGUAUUAAUUAACAGUCCUAUUCUUAUCGGUUGUUUCGUGAAGUUCCUCAAUCUGAAAAUUUAUCUUGAGUACCGACUACUAUGCAGGAAUCAUUACUGACACGAAUUCGUUUUGUUUCUAUCCAAGGUUAUCUGUCAGCUAAUGCAUUUCAUCAUUUCUUAUCCAACUAACUGUUCCGCUUAACAACGGGCCAUACUAAUUCGUCUUAAAGGAAUUCGCAGGGAAUCUUUGAUCAUGCCACAAAUUUUGGUCAAUGGUGUUGAAAUCGACUUUCCAUAUAAACCCUAUGACUGCCAGUUAGAAUAUAUGACAAAAGUCCUACUAUCAUUAAAGGAGGGUAAACAUGCCAUUUUAGAGUCCCCAACUGGAACUGGUAAAACUUUGUGUCUUCUAUGCGCAUCACUUGCAUGGCUUGAUAAACAACUAGUUACUCCAACAGAACUUGCACCGGAUGGCAAACGUGUGAAUACAAUGGGAAAUUGGCUAACGGGUAACAGUGACAACGGUGAUGAUAAGAGUAAUUCCAUACAUCAGAAUCUUCUGGAAAAUCUGGAGAAAAUGAACAGUGUGUAUAAGAUUAUCUUUGCGUCAAGAACCCAUUCACAAUUAGCACAAGCUAUUAAUGCAUUGAAGACAACAGUGUAUUCUAAGCGUAACGUCAGUGUAGUUGGUUCAAGAGAUCAGUUGUGUCUCCUUCCUGAUGUAUCGCAACUGGAAUCGAAUUCAGCUAAAAUUUAUGCUUGUCGUAUGAGAGUUCAAACAAGAACGUGUGAAUAUUACCGGAAUUUUGACUCUAAACGAGAUGACAUCUUAGCUAAUUUAAAAUCGGAAGGUAUUGUUGAUAUUGAAGAUUUGGCCAGUUUCGGUCAGAAAACAAGAUGUUGUCCAUAUUUCAUAUCAAGAGAACUGAAAACCGAUUCAAAUUUGGUGUUCAUGCCUUAUAAUUAUUUACUAGAUCCAAGAAUUCGAACUUUGUAUAAUAUUAAUCUUGAGAAUACAGCAGUCAUUUUUGAUGAAGCUCACAACAUUGAACAAGUUUGUGAGGAUGCUUCUUCAGUCACAUUAACUUCUGCUUUACUAGCCUCAGCUAUUGAACAUGUUCGUUGUGUUUGUGAAGUUGUUUUUAAUCAUACUAUGGAAAGUGAAGAAGCAGAAUUAACCGAUGAGACAGGUUACAAUACACAGAAACAAUCAACAUCCAGUACUGUUGUCAGAAAAGGAUUAUUUGAUAUGACACAGCCUAAAGAGACUGCAAUUGAAGCCUUGAAUAUUGAGAAAAUGAUUACAUUGAAAGGACAACUAAUAGAACUAGAAAGAUUAAUUGAUGAAUUGAAUGUCCCGCCUGAGGGACUGACUAAAGAUGGCAGUUUUAUUUUCGAUCUACUUGGUCGAGCAGGAAUUAAUCACUGGACAAAUAAUACAAUACAAACUGUGAUCGAUGAAAUUAUUUCAUACACAAAUUCUACACAAAAUGUAAAAGUUCGAAAAACUAAAGGUUUACAUGAAGUUGGUGAAUUCCUCAAAACUGUUUUUGGUUACCUUCCGGGGGAAGCAAAUGUAUCCUUCAAUUUUAAAACACAAUUCAAAUUACAACAUGAUGAAUCAAUUAAUUGUUAUCGUUUGCAUAUUAAAGAUGAUAUUCUACCUUCAGUUAAAAACAAAUUUACAACAAAUAAUAUUUGGGAUACUCGAGAUGCUGUUAAACAGUCUGCUACUGACACUGGUGCAACAAAUCGUACUAUUAGUUAUUGGUGUUUCAGUCCUGGACGUGCAAUACAAGAAUUGAUUCGGCAAAAAGUACGCUGUAUCAUACUAACUAGUGGUACUCUUUAUCCAAUUGAACCAUUGGAGGCUGAGUUAAAUAUGAAAUUCCCCAUAACCCUACAAAAUCCACAUGUCAUCAAUUCAGAUCAACUGCAUUUAUCAGUGAUACCACGUGGGCCAGAUGGAGAAAAAUUGAAUGCAAGUUAUUCUGUACGAGAGACGUCGGCUUAUCGUAAUUCAUUAGGUCUCUUGUUAGUUCAAUUGGCUCAAUCUGUUCCUGCUGGUCUACUAAUAUUUUUCCCAUCCUAUGCAUUUAUGUCACAGUGUAUAGAAUAUUGGAAGAAUGGUGAUAUUUUCGAAAAGUUGUUACGAAUUAAACAAAUUUUCAUUGAACCUCGUGAAAAGAAUCAGUUUAAUAAGGUAUUCAAUGACUAUCGAGUCUCUGCUUGCAGUACAAAUUCGAAUGGAGCAAUUCUAUUUGCUGUAAUGCGUGGUCGUGUCAGUGAAGGCUUAGAUUUAGCCGAUGAUGCUGGCCGAGGUGUUGCUAUACUCGGUUUACCGUAUGCACCAUUCCAUGAUCCCAGAGUACGCUUAAAAAUGGCUUAUUUAGAUGAACAAUGCGUCAAAUUGAAAUCCAAUGCAAAACAGGAUAAAGAACAGAAAAAUUUAUUAGAUAAAUAUCCUACUGGUCGACAAUGGUAUAAUUUACAAGCAUGGCGAGCAAUUAACCAAGCUGUUGGCAGAGUUAUUCGUCAUUACAAGGAUUAUGGCAUAAUUUACCUGUGUGAUGAACGUUUUGCUUCCAGUAGUGCACAAACAAAUUUGUCCAGUUGGAUGCGAUCGAAACGGAAUGUUUAUGACAGUGUAGAAUCAGUUGUGAGGGAUACUUGUGAAUUUUUCCGUAAUAUGCGGAUGAAAUAUCCAUCAAGUGAUCAGCCUGCCUCAUCUAGUGUAGCCAACCUGUCAACUGACAAAUGUACAAGUAAUUCUCAAAGAAAGCGGCCGUUGUCUACACCUAAUUGGUCAGGGAUUUUAUCAAAUCUACCUUCAGCUUCUGAGCUGAAUAUAUUUAGCCCAAAACUAAAUGACUCACUGUCACUGGUAACAACUUACAACUCUCAACUAGAUCAUUAUCAGUCUACAAGUAUGACGAAACAAGACGAGCAUAACAUUGAUAGUCAAAAAGAGAUUUCUACUUCAGUAUCAUCAUCGUCUUCUUCAAUUUUUGAUAUGGUGUACAGUCAAUCAGAGAAUAUUCAUCAGAAAACAUCAUUAGCUGAUUCAAAUUCAUACUGUGAUGACAGUUUGGAAGAGAAGUUACUACAGCGUAAACCAUGUAAACGUAUAAGACUUUUGGAACAGAAGACUAAUUCUAUCAAUGUUUCAGAGAAUGCUUCGUCGUCGUCUUCUUCUCUCACUUCAAAUGCUACUGACACAUUGGAUAGUUCAGCAUCACUGAAAUAUUUAACUUUAUUGAAGUCUGUCCUUAAGUCAUCAAAUCGACUUAACGAAUCGGAAUAUGCUAACCGAUUAAGUGAUUUUAAACAAUACAUGAAAGAAUAUAAACAUGCAAUAAUAUCCAAUGAAAACUCACUAGAGAAUAAUCAAAUCGUAGAAACCUUAUUUACACAGUUGUCGAGAUUGUUUAUUCCUUUAGAAACGCCUGGACUUUUACAAGAUGCCAUCUGUUUCCUCCUACCGGAACAUCGUAAACGUUAUGCUGAAUUAUGCCACAAUUUAACUGGUCUGCCUAUUGUUCGACGAGACUUGAAGAAUGUGUCUGACAACUCAGCGGCCAAUUUAAAACAAUCACCGAAACCUACGGAAAAAUCACUUGGACAAUUAAUGAAAUGCUGUAAAUGCUCAGCUAAUCCAGCACAAGUUCCAUUGAUAUCAUGUUGUAAACACAUAGCUUGUUUCAAGUGUUGGCGACAUAUCAUUGAAGAAGGUGAUCGUCAGUGUCCUGUGUGUCGAAAAUUACUUAGACGACGUGAUUUAUCCCGUUUAACGUAAAAAGCUGAUACAGAUUAAGUAGUGGUAUAUCUGUUUAUUUUAAUAAACGCUACUUAAUUUUCUACAUGCAUUGAAACUACAACUCUUGAUAAAAUUUUGUAUUCUUUUAUACAAACAACAAUGAAGAUUCUAUUUUCUUAUUUGAUGUAUCUUUUUGUAGUGUAAUACAAGGAAAGUAUUUUUGUAUUAUUUUA